CGCCGCCGCCCCCCGGUGUCGCCGCGCCGGGCGGGGGCCGGGCCGGGGCUCUGCAGCGGGGCCGCCCGCCCCGCGCCGGGCUCGCCGCAUGGCUCCGCCGCCCGCCGGGGCGCCGCCGGCCCGGGCCGCCGCUGCCAGUGACGCGCAGCCCCGGAGGGGAAAUGCAUCCUGAAUGGGGCUGAGGCCCCCUGCUCGGGAAUAUGCAGCCUCGGCACCGCGGGGGCAGCACCAGGGCAGCGGCCGGCGUGCAGCGGGAUGGUGGCAACCUUCAAGAUCGCCGUGCUGGGAGCCCAGGGCGUGGGCAAGAGCGCCAUAGUCCGGCAGUUCCUGUACAACGAGUUCAGCGAGGUGUGCGUGCCCACCACGGCCCGCCGCGUCUACCUGCCCGCCGUGGUCAUGAACGGCCACGUCCACGACCUGCAGAUCAUGGACUUUCCCCCCAUCACCGCCUUCCCUGUCAACACCCUGCAGGAGUGGGCGGACGUGUGUUGCAGGGGGCUCCGGAGCGUCCAUGCCUACAUCCUGGUCUAUGACAUCUGUUGCUUUGACAGCUUCGAGUACAUCAAAACCAUCCGCCAGCAGAUCCUGGAAACAAGGGUCAUCGGCACCUCGGAGACGCCCAUCAUCAUCGUGGGCAACAAGCGGGACCUGCAGCGGGGCCGGGUGAUCCCGCGCUGGAACGUCUCCAACCUGGUGAAGAAGACGUGGAAGUGCGGCUACAUCGAGUGCUCGGCCAAGUACAACUGGCACAUCCUUCUGCUCUUCAGCGAGCUCCUCAAGAGCGUGGGCUGUGCCCGCUGCAAGCACGUCCACACCACCAUCCGCUUCCAGGGCGCGCUGCGCAGGAACCGCUGCACCAUCAUGUGAGCCCCCCCUGCCCCGAGGGACCCCCGGGGCCGCCCCCGAGGCGCCGCUCCCUGGGCUGCGCUGGGGGCGCCUCGGGGGUGGCAUCCCCUGCGGUGACAUUUUAGGGACGGGACACCUCGGGCAGGGGGAUGCGGUGGUCUGGGCUGCCUGGGGAUGGUGAGGGGUGAGGAGGGUGCUUGGCUAAACCUCCGAGAGUUCUCCAAGCCCCCAGUGCUUGAGGCCAAAGCCGCUCUGGGGGUUGUACACGGCGCUGGAGCUGCCUCGGAGGGUGCCCAGAUUUCGGCUGUCAGUUCAUCCUCGCCAGUUCCUGCCUGGCAGCACAGGGGCAAAGCUUGCUGUGCCUGCCUGCCGUCACCUGCUCCUGGAAGGGAAUUAUCCAGCACCUGAAUCCUGCUGUGCUGGGGGUGGUUCUGCCUCCGGAGUGUAGGGAAACAGGAGUCCUGCUUUUCCCCUUGAGGAGCUGGGAUUUCUCCCUGUGGAGGGCAGAGCAGCCAGGCUGUAUGUGCUCUUUCUUGGCUCAGUCGGGUCGGAUUUCCACGUGGAACUUCUGGAUAAAAGCGAGAAAGGGGAAAAAAACCUAAGUCCCAGUCCUGCUCCUGAUAUCCCCAGGAUCAGGUUCUGCCUUCCCAGGGCUCGGAGCUCCCCUCUGCCCCAGCACAGCCCCGGAAGGCUUCUCCUCCCCCCAGCCUGUGAACACCAAAUAAUCUGGGAGCGCUCCUCGCCGGGCAGGUCACCCCUCUGCUACCUCUGUCCUGGGCUCAGCAGGUGACCGGCCCCACCCCAGCCCCUGUCCCGGGCAGGGGGACAAUCCCUGUGCCACCCCAGCCCCGGGGGUGUCCCGGGCAGGGGGACAGCCCCUGUGCCACGGCAGCCCCGGGGUGUCCCGGGCAGGGGGACAAUCCCUGUGCCACCCCAGCCCCGGGGUGUCCCGGGCAGGGGGACAAUCCCUGUGCCACCCCAGCCCCGGGGUGUCCCGGGCAGGGGGACAAUCCCUGUGCCACGGCAGCCCCGGCAGCGCCACCAGCUCCUUUCCCGCCCGUUUUUCCCGCAGGAAUGUCGCCUCCAUCCCAGGGAGACGCGGCCGUGGCAGGGCAGCCCUGGCAGCAACAGGGAGCUGGAGCAGCACUUCCAGUCUCAUUCUUGGGGUUUUUCUUCUCUCUGCAUAUCCCUAAUAAGAAAAUGAGCCCCCCAUUUUUUAAAAAAUUAUUAUUAUUUUUUAGUCUUCUGGUUUAUUUCUGCACCAGAGUUGCGGCUCGCCUGCAUCCUGCCCUGCAGGGCGGGUUGGGGAAGGGCAGCCCCGGUUAGGAAAUGAUGCUGGGGUGGUGAAGGGUGAGCAAGAGGCCGAGGGGGUCGUGGUUUCUCCAUGGCUGGUCCCUGUGAGACACAGGGAAACACCAUCCUCACCUCCUGAGGUAGGAUCUGUGUCUGAUCCAUCCUCCAGCAAAACCAUCUCCAUGAUUCCUGCUGGAACAAGGAGCUGGAGGGGUUCAGGGCUGCUCCGGGCAGCAAAACAGGACACCCUCCCUUCUGUCCCACCGCAGCCAGGUGUCCAUGGCCCAGCAGCUCUUGGAAAUGCUUCCCAUCAAAGGCAGCUCCAGCUGAGCUCCAGUGCAUCUCACCACCCCAUCCCUGUCCCACGGCUGGGGGUGCAUCCUGCUCCUCCCUCCCUGCCUAGGGAAUCAAACCCCUUGCUCCAAAAUUU